UAGUAAGAUACUCUAAUUGUAACUUCCCAUUUUGUCUGAAAUUAACCGUAACACCUUUUAAUUUAAAAUUUGUUUUCUAUUUGAAGGUAAUUGCUUUGACUUCUUUCAAUUGUUCCAAUAUCUAGUGGACUAAUUAAAUUCUCAAAUUCAAUUGUUUCUCAAUUCUGUAACGAGAAUCAAAUGUAAUCAAAAUGGUCAAUGAAAUCGAACCAAAUCAACUUGAGUCAAACAAACGAACUGAUUAUCUUGAUUGGGACGAUUAUUUCAUGGCCAUGGCUCAUUUGGCCUCAUUGAGGAGUAAAGAUCCCGUCACUCAGGUUGGAACUUGUAUUGUGAACACAGAAAAGAAAAUAGUUGGAAUCGGUUACAAUGGAAUGCCGACCGGAUGUAAUGACGAUCUCAUGCCUUGGACCAAAAAUGGAGACACACCUUUGGACAAUAAGCAUCUUUACGUUUGUCACGCUGAGAUGAAUGCGAUCGCCAAUCGUAAUUCAGCCGAUGUCAAGAACUGUAGUCUCUACACUACUCUUUUCCCAUGCAACGAAUGUGCCAAAUUAAUUAUCCAAUCAGGAAUUCGUGAAGUGAUUUAUUGCAAUAUUAAAAGUCCAGAUUCAACGAUGAACAGAGCAUCAAAGAGGAUGUUAGAUAUGGUGAAUAUAAUUCAACGCGAGUUCUGUCCGAAAAGAGAUAAAAUUAUCAUCGAUUUUACUGAAAAAAAGUCAACAUUAGUUUAAUUCGAUUGUUGAUCGAAUUCGAGUGAUUAUUUUGUGAUUAAAACAAAACUUUGGUACAAAAAAAUACAUUUACAAUUCUAUUAAUAAAGAUUUGGAUGCUUAGAACAGUGUUUUCGGUUGUGUUUAAAUGUAGAAAAUAAAUAAAUAGAAAUGACUAUGA